AUGCGCCUCCUCCACCACCUCCACCCCCUGGCCCGCCAGGCGCGCCUGGCACAAGUUGCCAAGUUUGCGCAGAAGAAGAAGGACUGGUUACGGCAACAACGCCAGCGAUUCGGCGAGAAGCGCAAGGCUGGUUUCAUUUGCCUCCUGGAGCAUCUGCGCAAAGUCUUUAGAGAUAUCGGCGAUGUGUCGCAGAAGAAGUUCACGAGCGACAAGCGAAGCUACCUUGGUGCACUGAAGUUCAUGCCGCACGCGGUUUUGAAGCUUCUCGAAAACAUGCCUAUGCCCUGGGAGAGCCGACGAGACGUUAAGGUCCUUUACCACACCAACGGCUGUCUGACUCUGGUUAACGAGGUACCCCGAGUUAUCGAGCCGGUCUUCCACGCGCAAUGGGCGGCAAUGUGGUUAGCGAUGAGGAAGGAGAAGAGCGAUCGUCGCCAUUUCAAGCGCAUGCGCUUCCCACCAUUCGAUGACGAGGAACCUCCCCUAUCAUACUCGGAGAAUAUCGAGGACGUGGAGCCUUUGGAGCCCAUUCAGUUGGAGCUUGACGAGGACGAAGAUGGCCCGGUUGUCGAAUGCUACGAAACAUGGAACCUGGACCUGCCUCAGAUGGCUACAUUGUAUCGUCUGAGCAGACAGCUGUUGAGCGACAUUGUCGACAAGAACUACUUCCACAUGUUCGAGAUGAACAGCUUUCUUACUGCAAAGGCACUCAACGUGGCGAUACCUGGAGGACCUCGCUUUGAGCCGCUGUACAAGGACAUCGACCCGAACGAUGAGGACUUUGGUGAAUUCAAUGCCAUUGAUCGAAUCAUCUUCCGCGCCCCCAUUCGAACGGAAUACCGAGUGUCAUACCCGUUUCUCUACAACUCGUUGCCACGCAGUGUAAAGAUCUCAUGGUAUUCACAUCCUCAGGUAGUCUACGUUCGCGCAGAGGAUCCCAGUCUUCCGGCGUUUUACUUCGACCCUAUCAUCAACCCCAUCUCAUCCCGCGCCGUCGCACCCAAGAACAUUUCGGUCAGUCACGAGGACGAGGUAUUUGGCUAUGGCAACGAUGAAGAUGAUGAAGACGACUUUCAAAUGCCUGAAGAGGUGGAGCCUUUUAUGGCUGACGAGGAGCUAUCUACACCAGAGACGUCUUCUGCCAUUGCAUUGUGGUGGGCGCCUCACCCCUUCGACAAGCGUUCAGGUCGCAUGGUGAGGGCACAGGAUGUUCCACUAGUCAAGCAGUGGUACCUUGAGCACGUGCCUGCCGGUCAGCCAGUCAAGGUCCGGGUCUCUUAUCAGAAGUUGCUUAAGACGUUCGUUCUCAACGAGCUGCAUAAGAAGAAGCCACAAGCACAGAACAAACAGAACCUUAUGCGCACACUCAAGGGCACAAAAUUCUUCCAACAAACCAAGAUCGACUGGGUUGAAGCAGGUCUGCAAGUUUGCCGUCAAGGUUACAACAUGCUCAACCUUUUGAUUCAUAGGAAGAAUUUGACCUACCUGCAUCUUGACUACAACUUCAACCUGAAGCCUGUCAAGACACUUACCACAAAAGAGCGGAAGAAGUCGCGGUUCGGAAACGCCUUCCAUCUGAUGCGAGAAAUCUUGCGCUUGACCAAGCUGAUCGUGGACGCACAGGUCCAGUACCGCUUGGGCAACAUUGAUGCUUUCCAGUUGGCAGACGGCAUCCUUUACGCCUUCAACCACGUUGGACAACUGACUGGUAUGUACCGUUACAAGUACAAGCUCAUGCACCAGAUUCGCUCGUGCAAAGAUCUGAAGCAUCUCAUCUACUAUCGAUUCAACUCUGGUCCAGUCGGCAAGGGUCCUGGGUGUGGUUUCUGGGCACCAGCCUGGCGGGUCUGGUUGUUCUUCAUGCGCGGUAUUAUUCCUCUCCUGGAGCGCUGGCUCGGCAACUUGCUCUCGCGUCAAUUCGAGGGUAGGCACAGCAAGGGUGUUGCCAAGACUGUAACCAAGCAGCGUGUGGAAUCGCACUUCGAUCUGGAGCUCCGUGCCGCUGUCAUGAGCGAUCUGAUGGAUAUGAUGCCUGAAGGUAUCAAGCAAAACAAGGUCAACACAGUUCUACAACAUUUGUCAGAAGCAUGGCGAUGCUGGAAGAGUAACAUCCCGUGGAAGGUACCUGGACUGCCAGCACCAAUCGAAAACAUCAUCUUGCGUUAUGUCAAGAGCAAGGCAGAUUGGUGGAUCUCAGUCGCACACUACAACCGUGAGCGUAUCCGACGUGGCGCCACCGUUGACAAGACUGUCGCCAAGAAGAACCUUGGUCGCUUAACCCGAUUAUGGCUCAAGGCCGAGCAGGAGCGCCAACACAACUACAUGAAGGAUGGUCCAUAUGUCUCGUCAGAAGAGGCAGUCGCCAUCUACACAACCAUGGUCCAUUGGCUAGAAGCCCGAAAGUUCCAGCCGAUUCCUUUCCCCAGUGUAUCCUACAAGCACGAUACCAAGAUCCUCAUCCUCGCUUUGGAGCGUCUACGCGAGGCUUACUCGGUGAAGGGUCGUCUCAAUCAGAGUCAACGUGAGGAGUUGGCUCUCAUUGAACAGGCUUACGACUCCCCUGGAACGACGUUGGCUCGUAUCAAGCGCUUCCUUCUGACACAACGUGCCUUUAAGGAGGUUGGCAUUGAUAUGAAUGACAAUUACAGCAACAUCAAUCCUGUCUAUGACAUCGAGCCCAUGGAGAAGAUUACCGACGCAUACCUGGACCAGUAUCUGUGGUACCAAGCCGAUCAGCGGCACCUAUUCCCUGCUUGGAUCAAGCCUUCCGACUCCGAAGUUCCACCCCUGCUGACAUACAAGUGGGCGCAAGGCAUCAACAACCUUGACAAGGUCUGGGAGCAUCAAGAUGGCGAGUGCAACGUUAUGAUCGAGACACAGCUGUCUAAGGUUUACGAGAAAAUCGAUCUUACCAUGCUCAACCGUUUGCUGCGCUUGAUCAUGGAUCACAACUUGGCCGAUUACAUCACUGCGAAGAAUAACGUCCAGCUCAAUUACAAAGACAUGAACCAUGUCAACGCAUACGGUAUGAUUCGUGGACUGCAGUUCUCUGGCUUCGUAUUUCAGUUCUACGGACUCGUGCUCGACAUCCUUCUACUAGGCUUACAGCGCGCGAACGAAAUCGCGGGUGCGCCUGAGAGCCCCAACGACUUCUUGCAAUUCAAGGACAAGGAAACGGAGGUGCGACACCCAAUCCGCUUGUACACGAGGUACAUUGAUCGCAUUUGGGUAUUCUUCAGGUUCACAGCUGAAGAGUCACGCGAUCUGAUCCAGCGCUUUUUGACUGAGAAUCCCGAUCCCAACUUCGAGAACGUCAUCGGCUACAAGAACAAGAAAUGCUGGCCACGAGACUCGAGAAUGCGACUGAUGCGCCACGAUGUCAAUCUGGGUCGCGCUGUGUUCUGGGAUAUGAAGAAUCGCCUUCCCCGAUCAGUCACGACCAUUGAGUGGGACGACACCUUUGCCAGCGUUUACAGCCGAGACAAUCCUAAUCUCCUGUUCUCCAUGUCUGGUUUCGAAGUUCGCAUCUUGCCAAAGAUGCGCAACCUUACUGGAGAGUUCCCUGUGAAGGACAGUGUCUGGUCGCUGGUAGACAACGCUACGAAGGAGCGCACAGCUGAUGCCUUCUUGCAAGUCACAGAAGAAGAUGUUCAGAAGUUCAACAAUCGCAUUCGACAGAUCCUCAUGUCCUCUGGUAGCACGACGUUCACCAAGAUUGCCAACAAGUGGAACACAACCUUGAUUGCGCUUUUCACCUACUACCGUGAGGCUGCAGUAUCAACGGUGAACUUGCUAGACACCAUCGUCAAGUGCGAGACCAAGAUUCAGACCCGUGUCAAGAUCGGCCUGAACUCGAAGAUGCCGUCGCGUUUCCCUCCUGCCGUUUUCUACACGCCCAAGGAGCUUGGCGGUCUGGGUAUGAUCUCCGGAUCUCACAUUCUCAUUCCCACAAGCGACAAGCGAUGGUCAAAGCAGACCGACACUGGCGUUACGCAUUACCGUGCCGGUAUGUCUCAUGACGAAGAGACGCUCAUUCCCAACAUCUUCCGAUACAUCAUUCCGUGGGAGUCGGAGUUCAUCGACUCUCAGCGCGUAUGGAUGGAGUACUCACAGAAGCGACAAGAAGCUCAGCAGCAAAACCGACGGCUGACUCUCGAGGAUCUGGAGGACAGCUGGGAUCGUGGCCUUCCUCGUAUCAACACUUUGUUCCAGAAAGACCGCAGCACCCUCAGUUUCGACAAGGGCUUCCGUGCUAGGACUGAAUUCAAGAUCUACCAGCACAUGAAGAGCAAUCCUUUCUGGUGGACGAGCCAGCGACAUGACGGUAAAUUGUGGAAUUUGAACGCAUACCGGACGGAUGUCAUCCAGGCACUGGGUGGUGUAGAAACCAUUCUCGAACAUACACUUUUCAAGGCAACGGCUUUCCCAUCUUGGGAGGGUUUGUUUUGGGAAAAGGCCAGUGGAUUUGAGGAGUCGAUGAAGUUCAAGAAGUUGACGAACGCCCAACGUUCUGGUCUCAACCAAAUCCCGAACCGACGUUUCACUCUCUGGUGGUCACCUACCAUCAAUCGAGCCAACGUCUACGUCGGUUUCCAGGUCCAACUUGAUCUUACAGGUAUCUUCUUGCACGGCAAGAUCCCAACUCUCAAGAUCUCCCUCAUCCAGAUCUUCCGAGCCCAUUUGUGGCAGAAGAUCCACGAGUCUGUCGUCAUGGAUCUGUGCCAGGUGUUCGACCAAGAGCUUGAGGCUCUCGGCAUCGAGACCGUUCAGAAGGAGACAAUCCAUCCUCGUAAAUCGUACAAGAUGAACAGUUCUUGUGCUGACAUUCUGCUCUUCGCCAGCCACAAGUGGAGCGUAUCACCUCCUUCCAUGCUUUACGAUACGAAGGACACCAUGAGCGCGACCACGACAAACAAGUUCUGGAUCGAUGUUCAGCUGCGAUAUGGUGACUACGACUCGCACGACAUUGAGCGCUAUGUUCGACAGCAUGAGUAUCUACCCUUCGGCGACCGGUUUGAUGAUUGGUAUCGAUUUGGCCUACAACCGCUGUACUCGGCCUACGGACAAUACUUCCCUGGUUUGAAGCAGCUCAUUCAGCAGGCUAUGGCUAAGGUGAUGAAGGCUAACCCAGCGCUCUACGUUCUUCGUGAGCGCAUUCGCAAGGGUCUCCAGCUAUAUGCCUCUGAGUCUAGCCAAGAGUUCCUCAACUCGCAAAACUACUCGGAACUUUUUAGCAACCAGAUUCAGCUGUUCAUCGACGAUACCAACGUCUACCGUGUCACGAUCCACAAGACCUUCGAGGGUAACUUGACGACAAAACCCAUCAACGGUGCAAUCUUCAUCUUCAACCCCCGAACAGGGCAGCUGUUCUUGAAGAUCAUUCAUACAAGUGUCUGGGCCGGGCAGAAGCGUCUUGGUCAACUUGCGAAGUGGAAGACUGCCGAAGAGGUGGCUGCUCUCAUUCGAUCACUACCCGUUGAGGAGCAGCCCAAGCAGCUCAUUGUCACACGAAAAGGUCUCCUAGAUCCUCUCGAGGUGCAUCUGCUCGACUUCCCCAACAUCUCCAUCCGUGCUUCUGAGCUCCAGCUGCCCUUCCAGGCUGCUAUGAAGGUUGAGAAGCUUGGUGACAUGAUUCUGCGAGCUACUGGCCCUCAAAUGGUCCUCUUCAACCUGUACGAUGAGUGGCUUAAGACGAUCUCGUCGUACACCGCUUUCUCGCGUCUGAUCUUGAUCUUGCGUGCACUUCACGUAAACCAAGAUAAGACUAAGCUGUUGCUCCGCCCCGAUAAGACCGUCAUCACUCAAGAGCAUCACAUCUGGCCUACGCUGUCGGAUGAGGACUGGAUUAAGGUAGAAGUGCAGCUUCGUGAUCUCAUCCUGAAUGACUACGGCAAGAAGAACAACGUCAACACAUCGUCGCUCACGAGCAGUGAGGUCCGUGACAUCAUCCUGGGUAUGGAGAUUUCAGCACCCUCGAUGCAGCGACAACAAGCAGCCGAAAUCGACAAGCAGCAGGAAGAGCAGCAGCAGCUGACUGCGGUUACGACCAAGACUCAGAACAUUCACGGCGAAGAGAUGGUUGUGACCACAACGUCACAGUACGAGCAAGCAGCAUUCAGCUCGAAGACGGAGUGGCGUACUAGAGCAGUCGCCACCUCCAAUUUGCGCACUCGUGCGAACAACAUCUACAUCAACUCCGAGGAUGUCAAGGAGGAAGGUCACUUCACCUACGUGAUGCCCAAGAAUGUGCUCAAGCGCUUCAUAACGAUUGCCGAUCUUCGCGUCCAAGUAGCGGGCUACCUUUACGGCAAAUCCCCUCCCGACAACGAUCAAGUCAAGGAAAUCAGCACCAUUGUCAUGAUUCCCCAAGUCGGCAACACGCGCGAUGUUCAGCUCCCCAAGCAGCUGCCCCAGCACGAAUACCUCGACGGUCUUGAGCCGCUAGGUAUCAUCCACACCGUCAGCGGCAAUGAGCCACCGUACAUGCAAGCCAGCGACGUAACCCAACACGCUCGCCUUAUGAACGCGCACGCAUCCUGGGACAAGAAGACUGUCUCUAUGACUGUCAGCUUUACCCCGGGCUCUGUGUCUCUCGCCGCCUGGGCUCUCACUCCCAACGGAUACAAAUGGGGUGCUGAGAACAAGGACACCAUGUCCGACAAUCCCUCCGGAUUCAGCACUUCCUUUGGCGAGAAGUGUCAACUCCUGCUUUCUGACAAGAUUCGAGGAUACUUCCUGGUGCCAGACAAUGGCAUCUGGAAUUACAGCUUUAUGGGCAGUACGUUUGGAACAAUCGACAAGAAGCCCGUGCACGUGAGGUUAGACACACCGGUCAGAUUCUACGACAGCGUGCAUCGACCCGUGCACUUCCAAAACUUCGCGGAGUUGGAGGAUGUGUGGGUGGACCGGGAAAAUCAAUUCGAAUAGGUGGAUUCAAGAGGGAAAAUGGAGCGUUUUGAGGAGUGUAUGUGUAUUGGGCGUUACUUGGGAUCCGCGCAUUGGGAUCGCGGUUGCAUGCAUAGGGACGGCAAAAUGUGUAUAGUAGAUUCUACAUUAAUUCAUUUCUUGAAAGUGUAUCUU